UGUAAGCCUCAUGAUGUGUUCAAUCCCCGGGCUCCCGACACCAGGCUCCGAAGUAACCGUUGCCAUCAAGAGAGUCAACCCAAACCCCAAAUGUGGUCUCGUGGAACUGUGGGUCAACAUGGACGUGGGCAGGAAACAUGCCUAUCAGCAAAUGAAUGAGCACAUACAGUUCCCUCAAAGAUUGUUUUGUGGAUCUGAUGGAGAAUCCGGGGAUCUGUGUUUGGUUUGCAUCAGCGAUAAGUGGCAUCGGGCUCGCAUUGUGUCCAUCCAAGAUGAAGCUUGCCAUGUCUUCCUUAUUGACCAAGGACGGCCCCACGUCAGUGAGUGGGAUGCCCUAGCAUGGGACCAGAGUGACUGUUUCUUCCUCCCUCCUGAAAUUGAAUCUUGUAUCCUCGCCAACGUCAUCGCCCUCGAGGAGAACUGGCCCGAGAAAGCUGCCAACUUUUUGAGGUCUCUUCCUGGGAAGACGAUGAGCGGAGUGGUUCAGCACGUUCUGACGCCGGACAGGACAAUUCUCUUAGACAUACCGUUCAUCUCCAAGCAAAUGUGCACCUUGGGGGCUGCAAGGAAGCUUCCGGUGGAGGAGUUUAGAGACGUUUUACUGAAAUGUUUGCAGCCACCCAAAGAAAAUUCACCCAUCACCUGUAACGUGACACAGGUGAGUUUGAAUAAUGGUGUACCACUCGAUGAUACCAACCAGUACUUCUACCCAGAACUGCUCUGUGGCGUGUUUGAAACGGUUCUAGUGACUGAAGUAAUUCAUCCUCAUAAAGUGUUUUGCAAACUACUAAUUUACUCCCAAGCAUUGAAAACUCUCUCAGAAGAGAUGCAACUCUACUAUGACGAGUCUUCAGAUCCUAGAGAAGAACAACCAAAGACCUGCGGUGAACCGUGCGCCACUCGAGGGGAAAACCACAGAUGGCAUCGCUCGCUGCUAAAACAAAACGUCCAAAAUGGUGAUGCGCUUGUGGAAGUCAUGCACGUAGACGAAGGAAAACAUGAGUUUGUCCCUGUGGGAUGCAUCAAACCCUUACAGAAGAAAUUCCUUAGAAUGCCGGUGGUCACGUAUCGCUUUUCCCUAUAUGGGGUGGUGGAGGGUGGCACAGGAUGGACGGAAAAUCAUAUCAAGUAUUUAAAGUCGUUGCUUCUGAACAAUACGUUUGUGGUCAGGCUUGAAAAGCAUCACACGUGUGACGAUGCCUAUAGUGUCAAACUCUACAACACAAAUGGCACAUGCAUGAACACUUGUUUUUUGGAGAAAGCUGAACUUUUCCUAGCCACGACAACUGAAAGACCUUUGGACAUCCAGAUUGAACCCCCAUCAGCUCUCAAUACAGAAGAUGUGCCAAGAGUGGAUUUUCUAAACCUUGUCGAUGUAGAUGACCGCUUGGAAAAGGAAACAUUGGCUUUUGCCGAAAAUGGACCAGUUGAUGAUCAACGAGACACUGGUCCUACUUCUGGUCCCAGUGACCGAGAUGACGCUGAACAUCCUCAACCGCUAUUACUCACGAAUAAGGAUUGUUUGACUUCCGAGGUGAAACAUGUUCACCAAGAUCAUCUGUUAUGUGUGGGAAGCACUAUCAAUGUAAAAGUAUCCUGCAUUCAAGGUCCGCACAAGUUCUGGUGUCAAAAAACUGAAAAUGAAGAGACUCUAAAACUACUGAUGGAAGGGCUUCAAGACCAGUAUGCCUCCAGCCACCCUCUGUCCAUAGUUGAGUCACCCUGUGUCGCUCGAAACCCAGACAAUGGCAUGUGGCAUAGAGCAAAGAUUAUCACUAGUGGCCACUUCAUCGAAGUAGAUGUGCAUUUUUUGGACUACGGUGCGACACGAAGGGUGCCCCUGAGAGACGUCUGCCACAUUGACCCGGCAUUUCUGCAACUUGAUGUUCAGGCCUUUCAGUGUCGCUUAGGCAACCCAAAUACACCAUCUGAUACUCCCUGGAACAACGCUGCAUCAGUUGAGUUUCAAAAGUUUGUGCAAUCUGGCAAGUCUGAUAUCAAAUGCACAAUAAAAGACAGAAUUUCUGAUGAAGAAGGUCAGCUGGUUAAUGUGGUAGAUCUUGAAACGUCAGCUCAGAGUGCUUGCAAACUGCUUGCCCAGAAAUACGCUCAAGCCCUCCCCGUCGUCCCUGUGAAUACGUACAGUUAUUUCACGUAUGAUAUGGAGGUUGGCAGAAAAGAGAAGGUGCGGGUAACUUCAUCAGAGACUGUGCACCACUUCUUCUGCCAGCUGAACAGAAAUUCUCAUUUGUUCGAAGAAGUGAAGGCGGAUGUUAAGAAAGUAAUUGGCAAGUCUCAGUGCGGAGACAGAGACUCCAUUGGACUCAACACUGCUUGCCUUGCUCGGUACACAGAUAACGAGUGGUACAGAGGUCAAGUGGUGAAAAUGUCUCCAAAUACAGAAGUUCUCUUUGUGGACUGCGGCGACACCCUUUCAGUGAAUGAGUCUGAUAUUCUCCCCCUGUCUGCCAGUGCAAGCGUCGUAAAGUCUGUCCCAGUAUUAGCGGUUCCUCUCGGACUCUUUGGCGUUCCAGUUGAUGUACCGGAGGAGGUCAACCAGUGGUUUGCAGGUCACGCUGUUGGCACAACUUUCACUAUUUUUGUAGCGGCAACAGGGGAUCGAGGGAAGCUGCUUGUGGAACUGUUUGACAGGUCGCUGAAUAUAAAUGUCAUUGUAAGAGAGAAGAUGGUAAAUGCAAAACAACAAGCAAUGACCGAGAAAAUUGUGCCAGCUAGCCAAGAGGUCCCAAAAGAGGCUGCAUUACCAGAUAAGAACUUUUUAAGAGAAGAACUUGUGUUUGUAUCAAAACUUCAGGAGAUGGUUGAGCAAAAUAAAGAGCAGAGAAGCAAUGGAACACAACAACCCAACACCACCUUGGCAACUACAUUAAAUAGUGACCCUGAAAAGACUCUUGGAGAGGAACCUUUGAACAGCACUAUUCACAAAGAAGAAAUACUCCAAACCAGCCAACCAAACACAGCAGUGACACAAAAUUGCCCCCCUGAGUGCCCUGAAAGACUUAAUAGUUUCACAUACAAGAUGCCAAAUGUUUCUCCUUACUGUACAGAGGUGUACGCCUCCUGCAUUGUUGGACCUAGCUACUUCUGGUGUCAGUAUGCCAACACUGAAGACUUGAACGCUCUGUCAACACUUGCUCAGACAGUUGGAGAGUCCUUACAAGAUACUACGGCCCCAGAGACUUUAAACCCUGGUUGUCCAUGUCUUGCCCUCUUUUCCGAUGACUCCCAGUGGUAUCGAGCUCAAGUUGUUCGGAGGACCAACAACAUGGUCAGUGUUUUGUUUGUGGACUUUGGAAACGAGUCUGAGCUAGAGAUUAAAUAUGUGAGAUCCCUCCCCAUGUCUCUGAUAGAAUAUGCUCCUCAGGCUUUCUUGUGCAGUUUGGAUGGAUUUGAUGAGUCCAAAGGGUCGUGGGAUGAUCAGGUUUAUGAUGACAUCUACACUCUUCUCGUUGAUAAACCCCUCAGAGUGACAAUGUUAAAUGUACAAGAGCAUUCAGAAACUUCCUUUCCUCAACAUUUAGUGAAAAUUGAGUGUGGAAAUACAAAUGUAAACGAGGCCAUGCAAAAAUACUGGAAAGCAAACAUUUUUACUGAGUCUGAAAUUGAAAGGGCUCAAGAAGCCACUCCCCCAAAACCUAUAGAGUCCAACGUGAUUCCGAUCAAGGAAAGUGCAAGAACAUGCUCAUACAAGCACCCAAAUGUUACCUUAAACAAAAUGGAGGAGGUUUAUGCUUCGUGUAUCGUGGAACCUAAUUUCUUCUGGUGUCAGUUUACCAACACAGACGACCUCGACAAGGUAGUGAGUCUUGCUCAGGUUGAAGGACGAGCAGAGCUGGACCUCAACUUCUCAGAGACCUUUGGACCAAGCAGCCUUUGCCUCGCGCUCUUUUCCACAGACAACCAAUGGUAUCGAGCACUGAUCAUAAGCAAAGAGGAAAAUAGAGUCCACGUGGUGUUUGUGGACUAUGGGAAUGAAGCUGACCUCGCCCCUCAGAACGUGAGACCUCUGCCUCAGAGUCUGCAGGAUUAUGCUCCUCGGGCCUUUUUGUGCUCUCUGAAUGGAUUUGAUGACUCCCAGGGCUCCUGGGAAGAUGACGCUUACGAUGACUUCUUCAAUCUUCUCGUUGAUAAGCCCCUCAGAGUGACUGUGUCUCGUGUUAAAGACCAUCCAGAGACCGAUCUACCUUAUCAUGCAGUGGAAGUUGAGUGUGAAGGAGUGUCUGUGAAUGCAGCAAUGCAGAAAUACUGGAAGCCAACCACCGGAGGACAUUUUACAACUCCCACAGGGGAAUCUCCCCGAAAUGGUCAAAGUAGUACAGUGAAUGUAAACGUUGCCAUGUACGAAAAGCCAAAUAUCUCAAAAAAUAAGCCCGAGGUUGUUUAUGCCUCUUGUCUUGUGGACCCUAAUUUCUUCUGGUGCCAGUUCGGUAACACACAGGUCCUGGAGCAGCUGUCAGCUCUUGCCAAGGAAGCGGGACAAGCCGAGCUGGACGAGAACUUCCUGGAGUCACUCCUUCCUGGCAGUCCUUGUCUGGCUUUGUACCCAACGGACCACAAUUGGUAUCGAGCUCAAGUGAUCUCCAGAGUGGUCGACAACUUUCACGUGGUGUUCAUCGACUAUGGGAAUAACUCGCACGUCAACACCAAAGAUGUCAGGCCGCUGGCUCGUGGUCUGCUGGAGUUUGCCCCUCAGGCCUUUUUGUGCUCACUGAACAGAUUUGAAGCGGCCAUAGGCUCUUGGGACAAAGGUGCCUGCAAAGAGUUUGCUAGCCUCCUGGCUGACAAACCACUCAAAGUGACAGUGCUUCACGUGGAAGACGUCGCACAGAUCGCUCUGCCUCAGUAUGCAGUAGAAGUGGAGUGUGAAGGGGUGAGUGUGAAUGAAAUGAUGGAGAAAUACUGCAAUGAAACAGGCUAGCUGCUCAAAUACUCUGAUACAGAGUGUUCUUAGUCCAUUACUGACGAUCCUGCUACAAAUUGUUAAUAUAGAUCUUGUUUUAGGACUUAUUAGAUAAGAUAAGAUGUGCGUUAUAGACCUAGUAUGUGAACUGCAUUGCGUAACCGAACUAUGUAAUUGUUCACAUUUGUCUCUUGUCUGUCCUUAACUCUUAAACAUGUUUAGACUUGUUGUAAUUGGAAUGAAUAAACAUCAGGUAUUAGAGUUUUUAAACCUCAUGUCUGGGCUCAAGAUACGGCGACCACGUUUUGGGUGUGCACAGUAAAACGUAAUGCAUGCAAAAGUCUGAAGUGAUAAUAAAAUAAAA